CAAACAGAAGAACUCGCAACACUCGCAGAAGAUGAGUGAUUUACAGGAAGAAGAAUGUAGCUCUCCAGAUUUCUGUGAGAAACUGAGCAGCAGUCUCCUACAGCUGUAUGAGGAGCAGAAGUUCUGUGACUUUAAUGUCUCGGUCGAGAAAAGAGUGUUUAAGGUCCAUAAAGCUGUGAUGGCGAGUGUAAGUGACUACUUCAGGGCCAUGCUGGAACAUGACAUGCUGGAAAGUAAAAAAGGUAUUUUAGAGCUAAAAAGCCUCUCAGUUGCGGGAGUUGAACCUCUCAUCAAAUUCUCGUACUGUGGAACAAUGACUUUGAACCUUGGAAACAUUUAUGAAGUGAUGAAUGCAGCAACUUUUCUUCAGAUCAUGCCGGCUGUUGAUUGUUGUGUCCAGUAUCUAAAGAACAAGCUAACGUUUGAAAAUGCUGAGGAGUUGCUAAGGAUAGCAGAUCUGUAUUCAAUACCUCAACUAAAAAGUUACUACAGAAAGUACAUUUUAACUAAUUUCCUAGAGUUUGGACUGACAGAUAAAUUUCUUGAUUUGGACAGUGAGACACUGGCAGAUUACCUCAGUGACGAUGCUCUGAAUACAACCUCAGAAUGCAUACUUCUACAUCUUGUUAUGAACUGGUACAAUCACGAUGCAGAAAAUCGUAAAGAUUCAGCCCUGGAGGUGUUUGAAAAAAUCAGGUACGUCAUUGAUGGAUGGCCUGCUGUGCAGUAUGCUAUAAACUGUGAACCAUUCAAGACGAUACCAGCAUUAAAGGAAGUUAUCAAGUUUGCCGACUCUUAUUUGGGGAACUAUGAGAAGAGAUUUACAUUUGACACCCAUAGGACCCGAAUAAGAGGCACUAAAAAAUCAUUGAUUCAAAUAGGCGGGGAAAUAAAAUUCUCAUAUGACUAUUGGGACGAUGCAUUAGACUUUCCAAUGUUAUUCAGAAAUGAUAUUUUGGGUUGGCAUAGGAACCAUUAUUAUGAUUCUAACCUGAAGAAAUGGCUUCCUCUUGGAGAUGCUGAGAUUCAAGCAAAACUCUCGUCACAUGCUGCUUUGACAGAAGUGAAUGGAAAUGCAAUAAUGUGUGGAGGCUACACAUAUGGUGUGACUGAGACAGGACUCAUUUCUAAACACGUGACAAAAAGGACCUGGUUAUUUACAGCCAGCGACUGUCGACUGAGGGAUAUGCCGUCCAUGCAACAUGCUCGGGUCAAGCAUGCAGCAGUCUUCCUGCAAGGAUGUGUCUAUGCCAUUGGUGGAUCUGAUGGCCUACGUAAGUUGUGCUCUGUGGAGAGGCUGGGCUGUGAUGAGGAGGAUAAGAUGUCCUGGUCGUACGUCCGCGGAUUAUCAGCUUCUCUAGACUCCCAUGCUGCUGUGGUCUGUAAAAACAAGAUAUACAUAUCUGGUGGAGAAAAAAGACGGGGCCACAUAACAAACAUGGUGUGGUGCUACUGUCCCGAACUCAACAGGUGGCGCAAGAGGACGUCAAUGUUGAAAGAGAGAAGUGGACAUGGAAUGGCCAACGUUAAUGACACGAUAUACGUGCUGGGUGGUGUCUCGGGUACAUAUGAGGUUCUGGACACCAUUGAAACAUACAGUGUGGACAAAGAUACCUGGACAAUGAUUUGUACCACUCUGCCAUUGCCUGUAUGUUUUGCUUCAACAGUUGUUAUGGAUGACAAGAUUUUACUAGUCGGCGGUAAAAAGACUGGAGAGACAGAUAAUGAGGAUGAUGGAAUUGAUAAUAUAGAGAUGUAUGACCCGAAAGAGGAUGUGUGGACAUCAAUGGGAACCUUAAUCAGGCCAUUGAAAUUCCAGUCAUGCUGUGCCUUGACAUUGAAACUGACUGGUAAAGGGGAGAUGGAAACUGAUGAAAUAUUCGCUAAAUAUGCUAAUAUUGUGAAUAAUGAUAACCAUUUUGAAGAUCUGAGUAAUGAGCUGGACAGGUUUUACAGCACAAUACCAGAGGACUCUUAACCAGUAACUCCAGUAUAUUCUACAAGCCUUCAUCUUCAAGUGUCUCAUGGUGAUGAUUCAGAUAGGAAGAUAGCUUUGUUAAUGAUUUUUUUACAUUUAUUUUUUUUUUAUUGAUAUCGUUUUGGACAAGAAGUGUGCUAAUCAAUAAGAAGGAAGCAUUGUAGUACACUAAACUUUUCAGCAGUGUAAAUGUUUUUGGAAUCACUGUGUAUUGUUUAUUACAUGUAGGAACAUGCAUGACUUGUUUCAAAAGCCCACAGUUUAAGUUAAGUUUUGCAUUUACUUUUAGUUGUAUUUUUACUAUUUUUUAUAUCUUACUUAUACCAGUACUUUUUUAAUGAAUUUUGGAGCAGUAACUCCAGAAUAAAUAAGUCAUCUAAUAUGUCUGUAUUACAUUACUUGAAAGGAUUUGUAAAAACUUUCUUUUUUGCACAUAAACUACAGGAACCAUGUGCUUAACAAGAGGCCCAUGUGCCACAACACUCACCUGAAUAACUUUGACCUUGCUUUUCUUCAUCAGAUUUUCUUCAUACUUGAUAUUGUGGCCCCAUGGUAAUGAAUUGGACAAUUAAGAAUCUACACUACUUCAAGAAACUUCCACAUGUUACAUCUGUCAGCUUUCUGGCCCGGUGGUUGAGGAGAAAAGAUUUAUACUAUAUAUUUCAAUGGAAAAAAAUUGACUUCCUAUUGUAGUCUCACCCUAUUCCAGCUUUCUGACUCAGUAGUUUUUGAGAAGAUUUGAGAUUUUUGAAUUUUUCCCUGUAAUAUUUCAAUGUUAAACUUGGAUUCCUAUUUGAAGCCCCUGGCAUACCCUAUCCCCCCCAGGGGGUUAUAUUAUAACAUAAUAUAUUGUUAUGAUGUAUUGUAACAAUUGAGAAGACUGAUCUGCUUACAAGGAGUCAAUUACCUAAAACUGAUUGUGACCUAAACUUUAAGAUGGGAUUGGUGGAGGGAAAUGAGUUCUAGAGCAGUGUUCAAAACAAUCCCAAGAUUAUUUGUUGAAUUAUAAUGAAGUUGUGAGUUGAUAAAACAUUCAUAUAUGUUAAAAGAAUUUAUAAGGGAAUUCAUUGAAAGCAUUUACUCACAUUGAGGUUCCUAGUGUCUUAAUUACUGUAAAUCACUUUUUAUUUGUGAGAACUUUAUUUUCGCGUAAUUACGCGAGACAUUAUGCUCGCGAAAAUUUUAUUCUUGUGUAUAAUAGAAUUCCUUAAGAUUACAUAGAGCAAUAACCACAAUUUGUGAAAAUUUUGUCUCGCUUAUCAAGAGUUAAUGACUAUCUCGCAAAAAUAAGGUGUCGCAAAAAUUAAGUGAUCUACAGACGUACCAUGUUCUCCACUAAAACAUGGAUUUUUUCAUAUCUGAGAUAUAUUUAGCAUUUGAUUAAAAUGUUGCAAUGAUCUAUAAAGUUUUAACUCAGAAAUCUAUUAUAUUAUUAUAGUGGAAGUAAUUUUGUUUUCCAUAAGGUAUUAUGUUAUGUGUUCAGUCUUAAUCCACAGAAGCUUGUCCGUAUGUACUUUAAGUACAUUUCAGGCAUGAAGUGUUGCUGAUCUAGGAUUUUCUUCACAAAGAUUGAACAGAUUGUUUAUUGAGAUUCCAUGAAAUUAUGACCCCCAUGGAAUAAGUACAGUUACAAUAUAUUUAGUAUAUUAUACAAUUAUGGACUCUUGGUGUUGAAUAUCAUUGGCAG